CUGUUAGUGAGCUGAGCAUGGCAAGAGCCACUCCCAUUAGCUGCUUCCAGCAGGGAGCUGUAGGGAUGGUUGGGCUACUGCUCCAUUGCAGGGGGACAAGAGGCAGCCCCUCACCCCUGGGACCACCGUCUGCCCCAGACAAGUGGAAAUGAUCCCCCCAGACUUGGGGACCCAGUGACAGGUCACAGCCGCUGGCCCCUGUCAGCCCCCCUGGCCCUAUUUGCAUCCCAUUUCCAUGUGAAAGGAGCAGGUCAAGUUGAAAGUUGAAAGGCUGGUGGGGGGCGGCCGGGAAGGGGCGGCUGCUGGAGGUGAGACCCUGACAAAGGACCGGAUCCCCAGGGCCUGGCGCUCGCCUGGCCGCGGGCUGCGGGCCUGGCCCAGCCAGCAGCCGCCAUCUGCGGGUCUGUGCUGCCGUGUGCCGCUGCACAGACAAAGGCCUCGCACCCGGCAUGUCCCCAUCUGUCACCUCCCCAGCUCCCAGCUGAGCAAGGUGAUGCUGGGCCCAGCGAGAGCCUCCCUGAGUCCCCAUGUCCCUUGGAAAGCUGCCUCUGCCUGCAGAGCUGCUUUGCAGAGCCCACAGCUGGGGAAACUGAGGCAGGAGAAAGCAGCGGCUUGUUCAGGCUUGGGGCAUGUGGCUCAGGGGUGAUUCUCCUGCUGCAAAGCUGGCUGCAGGCCCAGCAUGGUGAGGGGCUAUAAAGAAACACCAGGAAUUAACCCCCACCAAGACAAGGGUGUUAAGGCGGUCUCUGGGGGCACCUCUGCUUGGGGCUGCCUGAGUUGCACUGAGCCCCCGCCCUGCUGCUCGCCCCCGGGCACCUGCAGCUGCCUCCACCCAGCACUUACCCCCGGGGAGGAUUUGGCCUUUGAGUGAGUGUUUUGAGUUUUUUGCUCAUUGGCAGCAUUUACCUCCCAGGAGGUCCUUGAAACAGCACGAGCACCCGUGGGAGGUGAAGGCAAAGCUGGUGCCAGCACCCGCCUGUCCCUCUGUUUCCAAACACCAUUCCCCCGUCCCUGCUCUGUCCUUGUGUGUCCAGUGCAAUGGCAGAGGUGCUGAGCCGGGUUCUGGGGGAGCACUCCCGUGGUGGGGCAGCCCUCCCAAAACCAGUCCUAGCAUGCUCCCAAGGAGGGUGAGGCUCUGGGGCGCUGCCUGACUCCAAAAUCACCCGGAUGCCCAGACGUGUCCGGGCAGCUGCCUGCAGCCGCUGCCUGCAUCCCACUGUCUGCACCCUGCUUCCUGCACCCGGCUGCCUGCACCCCGCACAGCCUCAGGACAGUGGGGGGACGUAGCGUGACCAGACAGGUGCUUGCAGGCUCUGCUGUCUCUCACCACACCAGGCAGUGUUUUUCCAGCCAAGCUCGUGGUGUGGAUCCACCUUUGCCAUUGCCUGAGCCGGGCACUGGCAGUUUUCCAUGCACUUCACUCAGCUCUUCUCUCUCUGUCAGCUCCUUGUCUCGCUGCCAAGAGCAGUUUGAAAAACACUGGGUUCUAACCAAGCUGCGUGGGCCAAACACUCAGCCCCUGCACACCAAGCUGGACGUCACUGCAGGAUCUGCCCACACUACAGGCAGGAGCUGCCCGUUCCAUGUGGCUGCAGGGUCAGCGGCCCUUCUCCGGUCUGUCACCUCCCUUCGUGCCAACAGGGUUAUUUUAUUUUGCUGUGUGUUGGGUUUAUUGCAGAGGGCUGCUGCCGGGUGCGUGGGAAAUCAAGGUGAUUUUUGCAAACCAGAGCAGGCCCUGCUGGCUGUGCCGGUGGCACACAGGGAGCCGGGUGGCAGCUCUGUGCCCGCGGGAGGGCUGGGGAUGUUCCCCUCUCUCUGAGCCCAGAGGGGCACCAGGACCCUCUGCCUACAGCGGGCAGGGGACAUCCAGGGGUGUUUUGGCUUUGGCAGCGUGUGCACCCCAGGAUGUGCAUCCGCGCUGCCCAGCCGGCACCACAGGCUGAACCGGCACCUGUGCCGGGACGUCACCGGACACCUUCACACUGUGUGACGCAGCCUGGCACGGGGGAAUACCCCAUGCUUUUCAUCCCAUGUGAGCGCUGAGCUGUCUCGCAGCGUGUCCUCACCCGGUGCUGACUCAGCGGGAGCAGCCGUGGCACAGAGACGCUCCAGCACCGCACCAGCUGCUGUCCCACCGGGAGAACGGGAGGACGUGGCUGGGGAGGAGGAGGCACAGGGAUAUCGGGACACCCCCAGGACAAGUGUUGGGAGAAGCAGUGUGGCAGCUGGACUGUGCCAGGGAGGCUCUCACGUCGCAGGGCUGAUCCAGGUGACAGUGUGUGAGCCCCUUGCUGCCCGUGGUGGCCACCCACCCCGCGCCCCGGUGCCACUGCAGAGGAUGCCCAUUGAGGCUCUGCAAGCCAGUGACGCCAUGAAGGGGGUGACGGUGACGGCACCCUUCACCUCGGCCAUGCCCAUCCGCAUCCUUAGCAAGGGCCCUGCGUAUUUCCGCCGGCGAGCUGAACCAGGUGCCGGGAAGCCCAGCGCUGUGGAAAGGCUGGAGGCUGACAAGGCCAAGUACGUGAAGAGCCAGCAAGUCGCCAGCACCAAGCAGGAGCCGGUGAAGCCACCGCUACUCAAGCAGCCCCUCUUCACUCCGGGGGUGCGCCGGGCUGUGCUCACCCCCAGCCGCAGGGCACCCCCGGGGCCGCUCUGCGCCGAGGCCAGCGGCACGAAGACCUCGCUUAACCUGGAGAUCCUCAACAACCUCAUCAACCUCUGCGACAGCCCUCUCCCCAAAGCAGAGAGCUCGCUGGUCCGGGAGCACAAGUGGAGGGUGGAGGCACCGGCAGCACUGGGUGGCAGGGCACAGGGUGCCAACAAACCACCAGAGAGCCCUGCCACCACCAAGCCCACCGGCAGCGUAGCCGUGCGGAGAGUGGACGUCCGUCCCUGUGGGGCUCCGCAGGGCCAGGUGACACCAGUGCCCAUGUCCCCUAUCCUGGGGGGGCGGGCUGUAACCCCUGCGCAGAUCUCGCCCGCCCGCCCUGAGAGCGCCCGCCGUCAGCCGCUGCUGCACCGCUCCAAGUCAGACCUGAGCGACCGGCUCUCGCGGGCCACCGCUGACCUGGAACGCUUCUUCAACUACUGUGGCCUCGACCCCGAGGAGGUGCAGGACAUGGGUGCCGAGCGCUUUGCCCGCGCCAGCUCCGACAUCGUGUCCCUCAAGUUUCACAGCGUGAGCACAGCCAGCUCGGAGGGUGACCGCUCGCCGCCCAGUGUCGCCACGCCGGAGGGGCGGCCAGCUGAGCGCGUCCCCUACGGCAUCUCUGUCAUCGAGCGCAACGCCCGCGUCAUCAAGUGGCUGUAUGGGCUGCGCCAGGCCAGGGACCCCCAGCAGGUUUCCAAUGUGUAGCAGUACCAUAGUGGUGACCAGUGCCGGGGACAAGUUGCUCACGAGCAGGAGAUACUGGACAUGGAGUGCUGGCUGUGGCCCAGGAGGCACAGGGACCUCUCGGCGGUGACAGGACCCUUGAACUCAUCUCCCCACUUACUUCCCUGUCCCCUGGGCCACAGUGGCACCGGCAGAGCCUCGGUGUGGUGGCUGAGCAUCCUUCCGGCUGGCUCUGGCUCCAUCAGACCCCUGCACCGGCACUGCAAGCCAGGUUCUCGUGAGCAGGGCAGAGGACAUGUGUGUCCCCAUGUGCAUGGCUGGUCCCCAACACUGUCCCCUCGCCCGCUCCUGCAGGACCCCGUGUGUGGUCCUCCUGCCUGUGCUGCCAGAGGCUCCUGCCUGCCCUGCCCCUACCAGCACUUCCUGGGACUCCCUCCCUGCAAGGAGCAGGGACGCAGCUACGCUGCCUGGGGCGGGGGCUGUUUCCUGGCAGCCCCCAUCUUAAUGCCGGUGGUCUGGGAGCAGUGGGGUGCUUUGUGGGGGGCAAACCCGACCCCUCCUUAGGCAGCCCCAGGCUGCAUGUGUGUUUGAGUGUCUGUGAGCGCUUGUGUCCCCUCCCGGUGCCAGCGGGCACACAGCUCUGCCACACCGGGCCCUGCUAUUUAUGAAGACGAUAGUUGUUGGUCUCUUCCUAAUUUCUACUGUUUUUCCCGAUGUUUUAUCUGUAAAAAAUAAUAAUGCAACCGGUUGUAGUAAA